AUGAAAUAGUAUACACUUCCACAUUAAAUAAUUCAACAUUACUCUCCAUUUAAAUCAAAUGCAUAGAAAUCAAUAAUAUAAGAUGGUGAAAAUACAUUUGUCAUAGACCCAUAAUAUUAAUACUUGAGCAUAAGUAAGUAAUGGUAUACUAUUGAAUUAAGUUGGAUAAGGAUCGUAUGGGGUAGUUUUUGCUGCAAAAGACAUAGUUAAGGCUUUUAAAUAAAGAUUAUUUACAAAGAGAACACUCAGAGAAUUACGACUUUAAAGGUAGUUCAGCCAUAAGUAUUAAUCAUUCUAAUAUUUCUGUAAAGGUAACAUCUAUUGAGAAUAUAAUGCUUCCAAAGAAUUUGACGAUAUGUAUAGAAAACUAGGCAGAUUUUAGAUAAAUUGUAUAAGAGUUAAUGGAAACAGAUUUAUCAACAAUCAUUCGAUAAUAGAAAUAAUUAGAUUAGAAAUAAAUAGGCUUUCUCAUAUAUCAAUUAUUAAGGGGUUUAAAAUAUAUUCAUUCAGUUUAUGUGGUUCAUCUUGAUUUAAAACCAAAAAAUUUUUUUGAUAAACCGAAACUGUGAUUUAAAGAUAUGUGAUUUUGGAUUAGCAAGAGCUCUAAAUCCAUAAAUUUAGGUAUUGAAAUAAAAUUCAAUUUCAAGUUAAAAUCAAAAUUUUAUAUUCUUUAUGUAUAAAAAAGAUGGUAUAGGGCACCUAAAUUAUUUUUAUAAUGUAGAGAAUAUAAUUAAAGCGUAGAUAUGUGGUCUGUGGGUUGUAUAUCUUGCUGAGAUGUUAAGAAAGAAAAUCUUGCUACUAAGAGUUUCGUCAAAAAUUGAUUAGAAUUAAUCUUUACUGCAUUUGGAUCUCCAAAUAAAUGAGUUUUAUAAAUGGCCCCAAAAUCUCCCUUAUCGAUUAGUAUCAAUUAAAUGCAAAAGUAAAGAGGAAAACAUUUUUUAAAAUUAUUUCCUAAAGGUACUAAUGAAGCUAUUGAUUUAUUAAGAUAGCUAUUUGAAUUUGAUCUAUCUAAAAGAAUUACUGCAGAUUAAGAAUUGAGACAUCAUUAUUUAUCUAAAUAUCACAUUCCUGAAGAUGAAGUAUUUUAUUAUUAAAAUUAGCCAAUAGCGAUCCCUGUUAGGUAUUUAGAUUUUGAAUUUGAGGAAUAUAAUCUUACUAUUGAAUAAUGGAAAGGUAAAUGUUACUCCUUAUAUUGAAGGCUUUAUUUAUGAAGAAAUAUUACUUUAUCAUUAUCCUGAAUUUUACAAAGAUUAUGAAUUAAAUAUUAAAAAAGGUUAUUCAAUUAUGAAACACAUUUUUAAUAAUGAUAAUGCUAAAUAAUUAGACCAAAUUCUAGAUGAAAAUGAUGAUACGCAAUAAAAUUAAUAAUUGAAAUGA